AUGGAUUCAUCUUUAAAUACUCAUAUAAAUUCAUCUAUUCUUGAUCUUAGUCAACGAACAACAAUAACAACAACAACAAAAAUAAAUACAAACUAUUCAGAUGUUAUUAUUGACAAUUGGACAAAUAAUUCUCCAUGUAAUUAUACAGAUAUAAUUGAUGAUAAUGAUCUUCGAAAAAUUGAAUCAGAAAAAACUUUUAAUAUUGAACAAUCAUUAACUGAUCAAUUUCAAAAUUUACCAAUAAAAGAAGAUAUAUUAUCUGAUAGUUCAACUAUAAAUAAAUCAAAACUUGAUCUUUCUCACCGAACAAAAAAUUCCAAUUCAUCAACAUAUCAAAUAAUAAUUCAUAAUCUUGAACCCUGUUUAAAUUCUUCUCCAUUAUCAUUAUCAAAUUUUCUUUGGUCAAAAUAUUUUUCUCUUAUUAAUGAACGUUCAGUUUCCGAUGAAUUUUUUGAUCAUUAUUUAUCAUCAAUUAAUUCAGGUUUAGAAAUUGAUAUGAAACUUGAAUAUUGUUAUGAUAUACAACGUGAUUUAUAUUGGUUAACACAAAUACAAUUAGUUUCUCAUAGUUUAAUACUUUUACAUUUUGUUGGUAUACCAGAAGAUGAUACAUCAAAUGAUUUUUGGGCUUAUGUUUAUGGACAACGUUGUCAUCCAAUUGGAUGGUGUAAAGAAAAUAGUAAAUUAAUGUUACCACCACCUAUUGUUACAAAAAGAGCUAUUCAACACACAACAAUUAAUAAUACGAAUAAUACAAUUAGUAAUGGAAAUGAUAAACAAUCAAUGAUAAAUAAAGGAGAAAAUGAAGAAUUACAAACACCACCAAAUUAUUUAUUUAAUAAAGAUAUUGGUCUUAAUCCUGCUGAACAAUUAAAAUGUGGUAUGUUACUUGAAAUUCAAGAUCUAAAUCGCCCAUGGACUUUAUGGUUUGUUCGAAUAGUCAACAAUCGUGGUGGACGAUUACAUCUACGAUAUAUUAGUCAUAUAAAUGAAGAUGAAGAACAAGAUUCAUCUGAUAUACAUAUAUUUUAUCUUGAUUGGCGUAUUCAUUUUAUUGGUUGGACUUCAAAAAAUCCUUCAAUUUAUUUCUAUGAUAUUCCAACUUGUUUAUUAUUAAAUUUUGAUAAACAAAUAAUUAUUGAUACAUGUUUAUUGAAAUCUCAAAAUCAAUUUCUUCCAGUAAAUUUAUUUAAAGAUCAAGAAGAAAUGCGUAAACAUCGUUUUAAUGAAGGAAUGAAAUUAGAAGUAUUUGAUAUUAAAACACAAAAUAUUUAUAUUGGUACGAUAGGUCAAGUACAUAAUGAAUAUUAUUUUGAUAUAAUUAUUGAUAAUGAUAAUCAAUCAAUAUUUGUAGCACAUGCUACACAUCCACAUAUAUUACCAAUACAUUGGGCAGCUGAACAUAGAUUUGCAUUAAUGAAAGGUAAAGGUAUACGUCAAUCAGAAGAUUAUUGGAAUAUUUAUACAGAAAAAACUGAUAAAAAUGAUAUAGCACCUGAACGUUGUUUUAAUUUAAUUACAUUAAAUUCAACAGGAAAUAAUCGUGUUGAACCAGGAAUGAAAAUGGAAAUGAUUUAUACAUUAAAUAAUAUUGAUUAUGUAUUUUCUGUUACACUUAUACAUGUUGUUGAUCAUCUUAUGUGGUUAAGAGUUGAUAAUACCAGUUUAUUUAAUGAUGAAUAUUUAUUUUAUCAUGUUGUACCAAUAAAUUCAUUAAAUGUUUUUCCUGUUGGAUGGGCUAAAUUUAAUGGAUUUGAUUUAUUAACACCAAUGGAAUAUAAAAUUAAUAUUAAAACUUAUGAACAAAAUCGAUAUGAAUUAUUUUCAUCAGUAACUCAUUAUCCAAAAAUACCUCGUGUGUAUUUAAAUGAAAUCUAUCAAUUAACAUUAUAUGUAAAUAUUCGAUGUUUUUCCGGUCCUCAUUUUUGUGCAUCCCGUCUUGCUCGUAUUCCAUCUCAAUUUGGUCCAGGACCAUAUCGUCAUGUUCUCAUAGAUAUGUUUCAUCAUCUUCUAUCAGCAUCAUCAACAUCAACAAAUACUCUUCGAGCAUUACGUCGACUUGAACAUCCAUCAAAUACAUUACAUCUUAAAACAGAAUAUAUUAAAGCAGCAAAAAAAUCUUCAAAAUUAAUACGUCCUAUAUCAUUACCAACUGAUCCUUAUUUAAUCUGUCAGUAUAUUCGUCAUAUAUGUACACAAUUAGAAGCAUGUCCUAAUUUAAUAAGUAUGAAACGUGUAGAAAACAAUUGUCCAGAUAAAUGUCAUAUAUUAAUAAAUACUUUCGCUCUUUCAAUUCAUUCAAAACAUAAACGAACUCAACUUCGUGCUGCUCAAAAUCGACAACGAAAACAAAAGUCCUUGCUAUGUCAUUUAAAAACAAGUACAAAUCCUUCGACAGUUUCUACUCCUGCUGUUGAAGAAUCACCUUCUAUUGAACCAUCACUGGAAACAUUAACUAAUGAUAGUUCUUCGCCAAUACCACCACCACCUGGAAGUGAUCGUAAAACACGUGGUUUUCGUGUUCAUAUUGAACCAAGAACACAUACUGUUACACGAACAAAUAGAAAACAAAAAUUAACAUCAACAGUAACAAUUAAACAAGAACCAAUGGAAAUUAAUGAUACAAAAAUUGAAUCUUCACCACUACCAGUACAAGUUCCAAUUAAAGAAUCUAAACGUCCGCGUAUAACAAAAAAUAAACGUCCUUCAUCUCCUGUAAUAACAAUGAAUAUUUUAUCAAAUCCCUCUUCUCCAUCUAAUAGAACAAAGAAAAAACGACGUUCUCCUCAAAUAAUGAAUGAAUUUGCAUCAUCAUCAUCAUCUUCUUCGGAUAUAACAAUUCCAAAAAUUGAAAUUCAACAAUCAACAUCAUCACUUAUUCAACCAACAUUUUCCAUUCCACCAAUUGAUACACGAAAUCCAGUUACAUGGAAUGUUAAUGAUGUUUGUUCCUAUUUAAAUCAAUCAGGAUGUUCAUUUGCAUUAAAAACAAUUAAAGAACAAGAAAUUGAUGGUGCUGCUCUUCUUCUUCUGGAUGAUUUACCUAAAGUUCAAGAUUUACUAGAAUUUAAAUUAGGUCCAGCUGUUAAAUUUUGUCAUGUAGUUGAACAACUUCGUACACAAGUUAUUGAUACAUUUCAUUCAUCACCAUCAUUAAAAACUUCACGUUUAUCAACAACUAACACAUCUUGA